UCAAAGCAAAGAGGGCCGCCGGUCUGCAUCUCAGCUUUCGAUUUUCACCUUCAACCGCCCAUCUGCAAUCUGCAAUAAAGCGGGCGCCCCUUCUCCAGUGUACCUACCUAGGCAGAAGCGUCGCACGCUACCUCGCCUGCUGCAGCACUACCCAUCCGGCAUAGGCUGUAUUCCUCCUGCAUUCCGGAACCAAUCGUCAGGCCUGGCACCUUGAUAGCAACAAUUAUAUUGCAUUCCUCCGCCAUCUCUCAAUAAUUAUUUCUCUUCCUUUGCGCUCGUCUUCUUUUUCUCUACCCGUCUUGCGCAUCGUCCACGACCACGCCGCUACGUCAAGAUGCCUUACAACACCCGCCGGAAAUCCCUCUCCCUGCCGUCCCUGGGCAUAGCAGUGCCUGGAGGUCCCCGGUCUGCGCGCUCACCGCCUUCUACACUCGACGGUCAGCACAUGGCAAAGAGGCAGAAGCACUCCCACUCCCAGUCUCUCGCGUCGCCACCCCGCCCUUCGUCGCUGCGCUUCGAUGAGCAGCGGCCCAAGAGCUCAGGGCGGGCGGUAGACACGCCGCCACCGUCGCCCGGCGGCGAAUCCGGGCAAACAAAAGUCGACACCCAAGGCAUCGAUGAUGAAAUCGUCGUCGGCGUCAUCGACCAGCUCGAGAAGACCGGCAACCGACCCCACCUUCUGAAAGAGCUUGCCCUUGUUCUGUCGCCAACCAUUCCCAUAGUCGAGAGCUCGGCCAACCCCGCCGCCAUCAUCUCGUCGCGCCUAGCCACAUAUCUGAAGCGCAACUGGACGGCACUGUCAAGAUGUCCUCUUGACAAGAAGCUUGUUGGCACCCAUCCCAAGCGCGUCUACUAUUUUCUUACGACGUGCCCGCACCAGCCCAUCCCAGCUGAUGUAGGGAACGGUCCGCUCGCGGCGCGCAUCAUCACCCCCUCACUGUCGUCUGCUGGUUCUGAGGAGGAAGAGACAGAUGCGCGAUCACGAUCUCGCAUGUCGCCCUCGCCUGAACUCGACCUGUCCGACUACGACGAGAAUGGCAGCGACAUGUUCUCCAGCCAGACUCAUCCACCCACGACCGCAAACAUCGCGCACAACCGACGAGCUCAGUCGCCGCCGUUAGAAAAGGAUGAGCGCGAGUUCACCCAGACUGCCUCUUCCCUACAACAACGACGGAGAAGCCAGGAGGCUGAGCGCCAACGAUCUGUCAGCGCGCCUAUCGAACCCACACAAGUUAGCGACGUCGUCAUGGAUGAGGUUGCCCUGUCGAUUGAGGAGACAGAAGAGAGCGCCGCGCGCAAGAACUCGGAAACCGCUGCUAUGUUGUUCGGUCAGAUGGGCAAUGUUUCGACGUUUGAAAUACACUUUGCGCCAAUCAGUCCCAUGAUGAAGCCAACAAUCAACAUCGAAAUGCCCCCUCCAAUGUUCAAGCCCAACGACGCAAAACUCGACAUCGACGACAUCGACUGGAGCUGGUCGGAGAUGAAGAGCCCAGAGCACAUCGAGCUUGAUGAGCUUGACGAUCUAUUCGGCGGAUACUAGAACGACGACACACACCACCAAAAUUGGACCAUCUACCUAUCCAGUAUACGACAUCUACGACUCUCUUUGUCUGCGUGUGUUUCUCACCUAUCACUCUAUAUCUUUAGUAUUCUUUCCUUGCUCUCUUCACUUCUACCUGGGUGGCGCAUAUCCUAGAUUGGAGGCUUUUCUUUUUCUCUUGGUCACUCGCGCUGCAUCAUACACUCUGGG